UACCACAACCUGCACCGCUCGGACACGUUGGUGCCCUCUCAUAGCGAUACCUGCGGUGGUCCCACUGCCACCAUGCCCGGGUGGGUAGCAGGAUGCUUGGGAUGACCUGAGCAUCCAUCCACCCGCAUCGGAUGCUCUGUGGGUGACUGGUGCCAUGUACCGGCAUCUCACCUCCCUGCUGCUUGGCCGCAGGGUCCAUCAGCCCCAGUUCACCCCAGUUUGCCUGCGGUUCGGCUCUGGGGGCUGCGGUAGGUGGGAAGAGGAGAAGAAAGAAGAUGGGAUAAAAUGGAUCCAGCUGGAGCACCGAGGACCCUACUUUGCCCCUCUCUAUGAGCCGCUGCCUGAGGAUGUGCAGUUCUAUUAUAAUGGCAAACCCAUGAAGCUGAGCCUGGCCACGGAGGAAAUUGCCACGUUCUAUGCCAAAAUGCUUGAUCAUGAAUAUACAACCAAGGAGAUCUUCCAGAACAACUUCUUCAAUGACUGGAGGAAGGAGAUGACCUCAGCAGAGCGGAAUAUAAUCAAGGACCUGGACAAAUGUGACUUCACUGAGAUCCACAAGUACUUUGUGGACAAAAAUGAGGCUCGGAAAGCACUCCCCAAAGAGGAGAAGCAGAAACUGAAGGAGGAGGCGGAUAAGAUCCAGGAGGAAUAUGGGUACUGCAUCCUCGAUGGGCACCGGGAGAAGAUAGGCAACUUCAAAACAGAGCCACCGGGGCUCUUCCGUGGCCGUGGUGACCACCCCAAGAUGGGCAUGCUGAAGAAGAGGAUCAUGCCAGAAGAUGUUAUCAUCAACUGCAGCAAGGACUCCAAGAUCCCUGAGCCACCACAAGGACACAAGUGGAAGGAGGUGCGCUGUGAUAACACUGUUACCUGGCUGGCCUCGUGGACAGAGAACAUCCAGCACACAUUGAAGUACAUCAUGCUGAACCCCAGCUCCAAGCUGAAGGGGCAGAAGGAUUGGGAGAAGUACGAGGUAGCUCGGCGCUUAAAGGAUGUUGUCCACAAGAUCCGUGCUCAGUACCGGAUGGAUUGGAAGUCCAAGGAGAUGAAGGAGAGGCAAAGAGCAGUGGCCCUCUACUUCAUUGAUAAGUUGGCCCUGCGAGCUGGCAAUGAGAAGGAGGAAGGUGAGACUGCAGACACAGUUGGUUGCUGCUCCCUGCGUGUGGAGCACAUCAGGCUGCACCCCGAGCUGGAUGGACAGAAGCACGUGGUGGAGUUCGACUUCCUUGGGAAAGACUCCAUCCGUUACUACAACAAAGUGUCCGUGGAAGAGCCGGUGUUCAAGAACCUGAAGCGGUUUAUGAAGAACAAGGACCCUGCAGAUGAACUCUUUGACAGGCUCAAAACAUCCAUCCUGAACAAACACCUCCAGAAUCUGAUGGAUGGUUUGACUGCCAAAGUGUUCAGGACCUACAACGCCUCCAUCACCCUGCAGGAGCAGCUCAAGGCCCUUACUAACUCCGAAGACAGUGUUGCAGAAAAGCUCCUGUCCUACAACCGAGCUAACCGAGCAGUGGCCAUCCUGUGCAACCAUCAGAGGUCUACACCAAAAACCCAUGAGAAAUCAAUGCAAAAUCUCCAGGCCAAGAUCAAUGCCAAGAAACAACAAGUGGAGGAAGCCCAAGAAGAGCUGAAGAAAGCUGAAGAUGAGUUCAAUGAUACAAAAGAUGCCAAAGCAGGAGCCAAUGUGGAGAAGAAGAAGAAGAAGUUGAAGCAGCUGGAAGAGCAGCUCUCCAAGUUGAAUGUCCAGGCCACAGAUAAAGAGGAGAACAAGCAGAUAGCCCUGGGCACGUCCAAGCUGAAUUACCUGGACCCCAGGAUUACCGUAGCUUGCAAAUGCCCUGUAUUGUUACACCUGUGAGUGGGAGCAAACCAACUGGAGGUGUCUGAAGGCCAAUAAAUGCUCGGACAAGGAUAAGUACUGUGUGACCAAUGUUGCCUCUGUGGGAAUUGGUAUGUGCUGGGCAUGUAUCCUCUGAUGGGGUCUCAGGAAUGGGAUGUGGGGCAUUGACUGGGUUUGUGGUGAUUGCCUUUUGUUGAUGGAUGGGAUGAGGAGUCAUGGGGAAGCACAUGUGGGAGGUGGAACCUUUGCUAGCCCAGCCUUACAGUGAUGAAGUUUGGACUGUUUGAAGUCUUCCUCCCAAUCACAUCUUCUCUUUAGCCUUGGUUUCAUGCCUGUAUGGAAAGGCAGAGGACAUUGAGAAAAGAGGAAGGGCUAAGAGAGGAUCCUCCAGAGGAAGAAUGAAUGAAAUUGAAUCUUGAUUAGACAAGGAGAUGAAAAGAAGCAGGAAGCCAGGAUAAGAAGGUCUAUCUAGAGAGAUGUAAAGGGGAAUUAAAUUAGUUCUUUCAAGCAGAGGAGCCUCGAGGUAUGCUUUCAGUCCAGGCAUAGGAUACCAUCAUAAGACUAGAAAAGCCUUGACAUGAGGGUCCAUGCUGUGAUGUGAAAGAUGCCCAACAGAGCUACUGAAUGGAGCAGGGAUAUUUAGUGGUGAAUGCCCCAUCCCUGGCAGUGUUCAAGGCCAGGGCUUGGAGUAACUUGGUCUAGUAGAAGGUAUCCCUGCCUAUGGCAGGGGAUUGGAAAUGAAUGAUCAUAAGAUCCUUUCCAACCCAAACCAUUCUAUGAUUCUAUGCCUUGCAUAGCUGGUCACCAGCAAUUACUGGGCUGUGGUGGGAUUGGGGUGGGUCUCACCAGCCAUGCUGGUCCUUGGGGCUGUGGGAGGACAGUGGGAUUCAUCUCCCCCUCUCCCUCCUGUACAAGAUUGAGGAGCACUCAACAAACCCUCAUUGCUAAGACUGCUCUCUCCUUUCUUUGGACAAGGCUUUUUGUCUUUAUGGAAGAGGAUCACCAAGAAGUGCUCCGAGACCUGCCCACACCACAACUUCCAGCUGGGCCUGGCUACCUACACCUCCUAUUGCUGCCAAUCCUUCCUGUGCAACCUGAGUGCAUGCCCAGGACCCAGG